UUUGAUCUGCCUACUUAGUAACUUACUAGAUCUAGAUCUAGAUCUAGACUCUAGUACUAGUCAAGUCCUCUAGUCUGUCUAGAAUCUAGAUUCUAGAAUCUUGUAGAAUAUCUAUUAGAAUCUAGAAGAUCUAGAUUAGAUCUACACAUUGGGUCAUUGGCGUGAAUACCGAUAUUUUUAGACGAUUAGAUGUAGACUCUAAUGGACACCAGCGAGAAAAGUCAUUUGGACUAUUUGAGAGCAAAAGAGACAAAAGUUUGAUUCCUGUGAAUGGUUGCGCUCAUGGAGACAGAGGAUGUAGAAAUGAGGAGAGGAACAUUGGAGAGGUCACCAGAUGGUCAUGAUAAGAUUGGGGCUACGCUUGAAGCUCGUCCCAACAAGGAUGGUAUGGCUAUCAAAAGAAAUCUGAAAGGGAAACCAAAGCCACUUUACUUCUGGAAUGGGGCAGAUGUCAACAAGUGGCUGAGGAAACAUGGUGGUCACUACUACGAGUUGUAUGGAGAUAUCUGGAGCAGGCAUGAAGUCACAGGUCGUACACUAAUUAGAAUGAAUGAAAUCAAGUUGGAAAAGAUGGGAAUACUCGAUGCAACACAUAAGCAUGAUUUAAUGCAGUUCAUAUUGAGGCUCCGUCUGAAGCACGAAAUGUCUGAUAUUCGUGGUCUGAAUCAGCGAGGGUCUGGUUUUGAAUUGAAGUUGCCAGAGACCAGACAAUCCUCCAUGGAUAAAUCUCCAUUACUGGGAUAGCUAUUAUUGACUGGUCACCACCAUAUUAUGGCCAUAUUGUCCAUAUUGACUGUGUCACCACCAUAUUGGCUGGAUCACCACCAUGUUGACAUGUUGACCAUGUCACCACCAUAUUGACUGUGUCACCACCAUAUUGACUGUGUCACCGACUGUGUCACCACCAUAUUGACUGUCACCACCAUAUUGACUGUGUCACCACCAUAUUGACUGAAUCACCUCCAAAUGUUUGCCUAUUCUUACUUGUUAUACAAUUGUACAUUUUAUAGAAAACUAGACCUUCAAGAAAAACAUAACACCAUGUUGGACACUAGGAUCAGUAGAAAAAGUGAAAUAAAAAUGUUUAGCUUUUCCUAUUAGUUUCAUAAUGACAAGACUAUAGUAAUAUGUAAAGCAUGAACAGCCAACCACAUUCAACACAAUCCCACAAUUGGUCUUUUACCUGGACAGUAAACUUUUACCUGGACACUGUCUUAUAGUAAACUUUUACCUGGACAGUAAACUUUUACCCGGACAGUAAACUUUUACCUGGACACUGUCUCACAGUAAACUUUUACCUGGACAGUAAACUUUUACCUGGACACUGUCUUACAGUAAAAUUUUACCUGGACAGUAAACUUUUACCUGGACACUGUCUUACAGUAAACUUUUACCUGGACAGUAAACUUUUACCUUGACACUGUCUUACAGUAAACUUUUACCUGGACAGUAAACUUUUACCUGGACACUGUCUUACAGUAAACUAUUACCUGGAUGCUGUCUUACAGUAAACUUUUACCUGGACACUGUCUUACAGUAAACUUUUACCUGGAUGCUGUCUUACAGUAAACUUUUACCUGGACAGUAAACUUUUACCUGGACAGUAAACUUUUACCUGGACAGUAAACUUUUACCUGGAUGCUGUCUUACAGUAAACUUUUACCUGGACAGUAAACUUUUACCUGGACAGUAAACUUUUACCUGGACAGUAAACUUUUACCUGGACAGUAAACUUUUACCUGGACAGUAAACUUUUACCUGGAUGCUGUCUUACAGUAAACUUUUACCUGGACAGUAAACUUUUACCUGGACAGUAAACUUUUACCUGGACAGUAAACUUUUACCUGGAUGCUGUCUUACAGUAAACUUUUACCUGGACAGUAAACUUUUACCUGGACAGUAAACUUUUACCUGGACAGUAAACUUUUACCUGGAUGCUGUCUUACAGUAAACUUUUACCUGGAUGCUGUCUUACAGUAAACUUUUACCUGGACAGUAAACUUUUACCUGGAUGCUGUCUUACAGUAAACUUUUACCUCUAUGCUGUCUUACAUUCAAUUGAAUAUUUUUAUUCUUUCAUUGAAAGCAACUAAAUUUUAAGGUAAUUUAUUGGACUUGUGUUGGUUGAUUUGUUUUACCCUGUCAGUGUAGAAAACGUGUACAUAUUUAUGUACUAUUGAUAUUUGUAUGUGUAUAAAGAUUUCAGCUGUUAAACCCCUCAAAUAAAUCAUCUUUGGAUUGCCUCU